AUGGCAGAAGACGGCCGCAUACAUGACCCGCAGCAGCAGGCGCAAGAAAUUCGCGACGUGCUGCAAGGAGUUGGUGCUAGCUUACGACCAGGAGAUGGCUGGUACGUGUUGAGCAUGCGAUGGUGGGAUUUGUGGAGAGACUAUACACUUUAUGACAAGCAAACUGACCUGCCGGCGCAGCCUGCUCCCCUGUCUCGGUCAUGGAGUGGCACCACAAAAGGUGAGCGGCCUUCGGAGAUAGAUAACUCCGAUUUGCUGCCCAGGCCAGAUUGCACUCGGCUUCAAAGUGGCUUAGUGGAGAACCAGGACUUCAUACUCCUGCACGAGGAGGCGUGGAAGAAGCUGCACUCGUGGUAUGGUGGGGGGCCAGCUCUCAGGCGCGUUGUCAUCGGCAGCUUAGAGAACCGAGCGCAGUUGCGAGUUGAGCUGUACCCGCUGUGCCUGACGGUUUUCCAGGUUGAUGAUUAUGGCAACGUGGAGCCCGACGACAGAGGCUUGCAGAUCAUGUGCUCGACAAGUGAGACGGUGGAGCAGGUUCUCCGCAAUGUUCUCACAAACUUGAACCUCCGGCAUCCGGACGAUCUGCAUGCUGUGCGCCUGUGGUAUCGCCCAAACUUCGAGUUGGACCAGACUGCCUUGGACUCUCUUGAAGGUUGGGAGCAGCUGGAGAGAGAAGCCACGCUGGAGGACGUUGCAGAUGGGGCAUCAAUCCUCUUGGAAAGAAGCCGCGGUGAGACGUGGCCGUUUUUCCAGAGGUUAAGACUGGAAUACAAGCGCCAGAACUUCAAGGACCCACGAAAUGCUGACGUGGUGCUGGAGGUCGGUGAUAAGAUCGAUGCAAGCACCACGACCGAGGAGCAGAAGUGGGACCACUACCAGAGGGAUUACGUGUGGAAAGAUGUCGUGUAUUGGUAUGCUGCUACUGUUGCAGAGGUGGAAGAAACCCGACUCCUGGUGCAGUUCCACAAUCGCCCGAAGCCCAAGGGCAAGAGCCUCUCCACGGCCACACUUCUCGAAGAGGGCGGCAAGGCCGAGCCAAUUGAGGUUGGGAAGAGCUACGAGUCGUUGGACAGCGUCCCGGCCAUGGCCCACGACUUGGAGUCGCGCUUUGCCCCAGACUCCAUGGAUCCUGAGACCUAA